UAUGCAGCGCAAAUGCGUGAGGCUUCGGGUGUCAGAUGGAAUUUCGUCCAUCCGGGCGCAUCAUGCUCCAAGUUUAUCGAACGUUGAAUUUCCUUAUUCGUUUGAGGUUUUUGUAGGCGUGAUAUAAACAUCACACUCUAGGCACCUACGUUCUGACAUACAAUCAUCUAGAACCCCUGACCAUUACGAGCAGUACGUAAAGUGGACUCCAGAGCCUCAUCCAGGACAAAGUAACAGAAACCUCUUGUUUUGUUUUAUUCCACACAAAAACUAUAGCACGCCAUGGCAUCAUCAUCUCAAAAAGACAUGAUAUCUUCCUACUCACUAGUUGAGGAGAGUGGAAAGAAUUUGGUUGCUCAACUUCAAGCAGAUAGUGGUAUUCAUGAUCUUCAACACUCUAAGAAUUUCAUCCAAAAUUCAAUCUUUCGUACCGGCACAUUCUCAAGUCGUUCUAAUACUCCAAGUAUAGUCGAUAGCGUAUGGGAUGGCUCUUCGGCUGUUCACUCGGUACAGAGUCCGGCUUCAUGUGAGGUCCCUUUUUUGGAGCUGCAAGUACCCGAACAAUGCGGAAGAUCAUCCAAUGGUGAUAGCGAGGGCAGCAAUUUUCCUCAAAUUCCAGAGCCAAGGGAAGCUAUCAAACCACCCCUCCGAUGCACAAGCUGCGGAGAAUGUUUACCUGGAAGAAUACCUGACUCGAGACGAAACUGUUGUCGAUGCAAUAGCUGCAAUAAAUGUUGUAACUGCAAAGACGGCACCGUCGAAGACAGAACGAACGACGCUAAAAAUGGUCUUAAUCGAGAUAAAUAUGAAGAGUUCGCUAGUGAUUUUGAAGAAGAUGAUAUGGAUUCCGACGAUGACGAAGACGACGAUAACGAAUGGGGGGGCGAACCUGAUCGAAUCGAGAUGGCGGUCCUGUCCAACGUUGAUAAUCUCGAACUUGCGGCUUGGUUGAUUGUCGAGUUGCACAGAGAUCAGAUCCAUAACGAAGCGAGAAAGAUUGGAGGUUGGCAAAGAGGCAUGAUCAAUUGCCAAAAUUCAGAUUCGAGCGAAAAUUCACAACAGCCGUACACGACUUCUAGCACCGACAAGAAACCAUCCAAGUCUCAUAAACGAGUGCGACUAUCUGGGUCUCGAGGUAGAGGCUCUGAUGAUGAAGGAGAUGGAGAUGAUAGGGAAGACAACGAAGGGAACGGAUCUCCUGACAAUCACGAUGAUGCCUCGGCAUCGGGUGACCUCAGAGGUCGAUAUGCUUGUCCUUUUAAUAAGCUAUACCCCGACAGGUUCUGUAGCAAUACAACCACUGGCAACCAAUAUCGAGUAUGCGAAUCGGGAUAUAAGACAAUCCAAAGAUUGAAGGAACACAUUAAACGAAAACACCUGUCGAUACAAUGCGAACGAUGCUUCAAAGUCUUUUCUGGAAAGGGUAAAACCAGCGAGGAAAGCGUCGCCGAGCUCAGAAAACAUCGUCAACAACGAGAACCAUGUGCCCUCGGAAGCCCCGAGCCAAAUGCGGGCAUAAACAUGGAACAAUGGACACUUCUUGACAGAAGCGGUGGAAAGAAAAGGCAGAAGGUCUCUGAGGUAGAGAAGUGGAAUGAAAUUUGGGACACAAUCUACCCAGAUCAACCACGCCCUACACACCCUUGGGCCGAACGAACAACACCAGGGGUUAAACCGUGCCCAGCACCAGCCAACACCCAAAAUUUCGCACGCUUGUUCAGCCGGUUCCUAGACCACGAGACCGGAUCUGGUGACAUUCAGUUUGCCCCAGGAGAGGAGCUUUUAAUGAAAACCCGCAUGAAUUCCAUGGCUCUGAAGGUAUACAAACUUCAUACCGACUUGAACGAUACACCAUCUUUCGGAAAUUCUUCAACUAGUGACCAAACAGCUACUCAAGUUACGAUGCCAUCCACGCCAAUUCAACGGAGUCCGAAUCUGCCACGACAGCGAGUUUCCGGGCCAAAGAUGGAUAGACAUGGAGGCCCACCAAUGCUCAUGCCGAACCCACAGACACAGUUCGGCAUGCUUGAGCCGCAAAUGACAGCCAUGAACUACGGGACAUCGCCAGCUUUUAUGAACGGACCUUCUCAGGGGCUUGUCUUGGACCAACAGGAUCUCAAUUGGACUUUUGGUGAUAUAAACCAAGACUGGUCUGGCUUCCUCCAGGAAGAUCAUGACAUGCCCUAUAUUCCACAGAACGAACAGAACUGAGAGCCUAGUUCUCGCUUGUUAGUAAGUAACCCCCUAAUAGUCUCUCAAUCUAAUGAAGACUUCCUGCUUUCAUUUCCCUGUUCAACUAUACUUGACUGACGACGUAUAGGCAUUAACUGAUGCUGGAGAAACCAUGUCAAUUUUUACGAAUUGUCUUGAUCACACAUGUACGAAUUUCACUUUUAGAUGUUUGGAUAUCUCCGCUUUUGGUUUUUUUAUUACCAUUCCCGUAUUUGUCUCUUUCCUCUUGUUACGACUUACUGUAUUGGUAUUGGGUACGUGUAUAAGAAUGAGCUAUGAUAUUUUCCUAUUGCCAGUUUCUUGCGGCUUUUCUCUACUUUUAGGCAUUUCAUUUACUUAGAGUUACUUACCUUCGUUUAUGUAAUAGCUAAUAUGCUAUUAAUUACUUGAACAAUUAUAGUUGGCUCCCUUCAACUCUUUUCUUCUAUUUUCUGAAUUUUAAAAGUUCGAUAAAUCUAAUAUACUACGGCCUUCUGACAUUGGUGAUUUUCA